AUGGAGAUUGCAGCCGUUGUAAAGGACAUCAUAAACGCCGAUGUCUCGAUGGAGGUGGGACGCCGCCUCCAAGCAACGAGCCUAACGGUACUUCGGAAGCCGAAUGGGAAGUACCGACCGAUUGGAGCUGAGAGCGUGUGGGCGAAGCUCGCAUCCCACAUAGCGAUCUCCCGGGUGAUGAAGACAGCCGAAAAGAAAUUCUCCGGGAUCCAAUUCGGAGUGGGAGGCCACAUCGAGGAAGCCAUUGCAAAGAUUAGAAAAGACUUUGCAACUAAAGGCAGCCUUGCCAUGCUGGAUGGUCGGAACGCGUAUAAUGCCAUCAGCAGGCGAGCCAUCCUCGAGGCCGUGUACGGUGACAGCACGUGGUCCCCACUAUGGCGCCUCGUCAGCCUCCUCCUUGGAACCACAGGGGAGGUAGGAUUCUACGAGAAUGGCAAAUUAUGCCAUACGUGGGAAUCGACGAGGGGUGUAAGACAGGGGAUGGUACUUGGCCCCCUGCUAUUCUCCAUCGGCACCUUGGCGACACUUCGCCGACUGCAGCAGACCUUCCCGGAGGCUCAGUUUACCGCGUACCUGGACGACGUGACGGUAGCGGCACCCCCGGAAGAGCUGAAAAAUGUCUGCGCAGCCACCGCUGAAGCAAUGGAAGCACUCGGAAUCGUCAACAAUGCAGACAAAACCGAGGUCCUCGAACUGACUGGGGACACAGGCUUCGGGACAGCGGUGAAGGCGUGUGCGCGAGUUCUUGGAGCGUACGUGGCCCCGGAUCCAAUGAGCGAGGAGAUUCGGGAGGGGGUGAAGAAGAAGGCGAUGGAAACAGACCGCCUCUUCAAGGCAAUCGUGGAGCUACCCCUCUACGACAGGACACGAUGGAGGAUUCUGGCGAUGUCGGCAAUGCCAAGGAUCACAUUCCUGUUGCGGAACCACGAUAUGCAACACACACACCGGGUGGCUUCCUGGUUCGAUGAGAGGACCACCCAGGUAAUGGAGCAUAUUCUCGGGCAACCCAUGACCGAAAGGGCCCGGAAUAUAGCGGCGCUGCCCGUGAGCAUGGGCGGCUGUGGAAUUAGGCGGAUGGCCCAAGUGGCAGAGUACGCCCACCAGUGCGCCGGAGAGAAAGGUCUCCAGCAGAGGAAGACGGAGGAGGCUGACCAAAGACAGCAAGACGACCUCUACGCCACCCUUGGGGGUGCUGAUCGUCAAGUCUUUACAGCCAAUACCGCCGCCGGAGCUGGCAGGCCCCUCACGGAUGCUCAGGUGAGGCUGGACGAUGCCACUUUCGGAGUGUACCUGCGGGAACGUUUACUUGUGAGGGUACUACCGGAGGGGGUCAAAUGCCUAUGUGGUGAAGACGCGAGCAAUCACCACAUCCACACGUGCACCAAAGUGCACAAUAAACCCAGGCAGAUGCGACACGACAUCAUUAACAGCGUGUUCGCAAACGGCCUUCGCCUCUGUGGGUUCCAGUGCGCGACGGAACCACGCCUAAAUGAGGUGAGCAAGAGGAGGCCGGACAUCCUCAUUGCGGGGUUGGAUACGUACGCGGUGACGGACAUCACGGUGACGUAUCCAGGGCGCGUGACCGUCGGAAACACCGCCCAAGGUCAGCGCUCAGUAGCUGCGGCAGAUCCAAUGAAAGCCGCAUUGGUGCGCUUCCAGGAAAAGGAGCGCAAGUACAGCUACUGGGCGAUACAAAAUGGACUGGCCUUCGCACCAUUUGUUAUCCUUACAAACGGUGCUAUUUUCGGCAAAAGUCGUGACUGGCUUCGCCGCGUCCUCCGGGGCCAGGACCACCGACUUACGGUAACCACCGCAUUCGACGGGAUAACUGCGGAUGUGGCGGCAGCCGUCCUCCGCGGGAAUGUUCACGUUUACAGUGCGGCACAUGCCCGGGGAGAGACACUUCGGUAG